AUGUCAGAAUUAUAGAUUUUAGGUCCUUUAGGAAAUAUUCAUAUCAACAUCGCAUUGAUUAUUGCAGAAUUAGCAGGUGUUCCUUUGAAGCAUGUAGUAGUUGAACACAAAGAAGCAACUGGCAAAGAAUUCGUAAAGAAAUAUCCUCUAGGUUUAAUCCCUAUUCUCAUUACUCCUGAUAGAGAGACUAUUUUGACUCCAGUUGCUAUUUUUAAAUAUAUUGCAAGAGCAGGAAAAUAAUUAUUAGGCUCUUCUCCUCUUGAUGAGACUAAGAUUGAUCAAUUUUUGGAUAUUAUUUUGGGUAAUUUGCAUAAAUCUUAUGAAGAUAUCACAACUAGUAUCUAUGGAUACAGAGAAUAUGAUGAAACCUCAGUUAAAAAUGCCAAAAAGCUUUUUGAAAAGAAUUUAAAGUUUAUUAACGAUGCUUUAAAGAUUGAUACUUACCUAGUUGGCUAAAAGUUAUCUAUUGUCGAUAUAGCAUUAGCUGCAGUCCUUCAUCGUACAUUCAAAAUAGCCUUUGAUGACAAAUUCAGAUCUGAAAAUCCUCAUACAGUUCGUCACCUUAGAUAUUUCAGCAGUAUUCCUGUUUUCUCUAAAUACUUUGGCAGAUUAACAUUAGCUUCAGGUGACUGGGCUCCUGCUAAAAAAGCUGCAGUCAAAGCUUGA